AUGGCCUUCCCCUACAUCGACACGCCGCGCACCGAAUACGACGGCAACGCGACUUACCUCACAACCGGGCUUCGCAGUGCGGGGCGGCAUCACUUGUCUGCCCUCGAUUCUCUUGAAAAUUCCUUUCAAACACCAUCCAAAGACAAUGAUGUGAUUAAAGGUUUUGACAAACGCGUCACUCCGCGCGCCGGUGCUGCUUCGAAGUCAGCGAGAAGCGCGUUACGACAUCUUCCAACAACAGCCCCCGCGAAGGGAGAGUUUACUCCAUUGAUGAAGAGCGCGACAAAGAACAAUCUUUUGAGAAAUAUGUCUGCACGAGGAACAGAUGGUCCGAAGACCCCGGGAUAUCAGCGAGAGACCCAUCGCAGCAACGCCCACACACCCGGCUUGCCUGCUAUGGACAUGUCUGAUAUAUACGAGGAGGAUCGGACGAUGGAAGAGGCAACCCCGGUUCCGCAUGCUGCAAGCAGUAGUGCGCAAAGCACACCACUGCCCGGGUAUUCAGGACGCAACGGAGGAGUCCUCGGUGAUGGAGGGAACAAUUUGUCGCUCAAGGACCAAGCUAUGGCCAUUGACCAACUAAGCAAAGUUAAUUUCAGUUUGAAGCUGAGAAUUCACUUCAUGGAAGAACAGCUCCAAAAAGCUGGUCCGGAAUACAACAACGAAGCCCUUAAAGAAAACAGGGAGCUCAAGGUCUUGCGACUCACGAUGCAACGCGAUAUUUCUCGAUACCGGAAGAGCCUCCAGCAGGCAGAGAAAGACCUCGAGGACUACCAGCUACAAUUGGUGGAAUUAAAGGAGAAAUCAUGGAGGGAGCAAGCGGAUCAGACGGUACAGCGUGAAAUGGAUCUGAUUCGCGAAGAGCUUGAAUCGCGUGACAAUGAACUUCGAGAAGCGCGCGACGAAUUGAGGCAAAUCAAAGAUACCCAAGCGCAAGAGGCCGAAAAACUUCGUGACAGUAUUGAGGACCUAGAAGCAAGCUCGAGAGAGAAGGAUCGGCUCCUUGAGGAACGUGAAGAAGAACUUGAGGAUCUGAAACGUCACGCCGAGGAGAAUGGUGCAGCUUCAGAGCUCCAACUUGAGCUAGACCGCGCCAAGGAUCAGAUGCAAGAGCUCCAUGAUAGUCUUGCCCAGGCCAAGUCCGAAACCAAAGAGUCAGUAAAUGCCGCAAAGCAGGCUAUUGAAGAGAAGAAUCGCGCCGAGGAGGAGUUAAGAGAAUUGCAGGACGAAAUGUCGAACAAAUCCUUUACCACUAAAGGACUGAGCCGACAAAUGGAGGACAGGACCGAAAAGCUUGAAGAAGAGAUACGCGAGCUGCAACGAGAGAAUGAUGCUCUAAGGACAGAAUUGCAGAGUAAAACCAACCAUGCGACUCUCCUCGAAGAGCGUUAUCAAACUAUUCAACAUGGACUGGAAGAUAACGCCAACCAACUUGUUGAAGACCUUGACGUGGCCAGGCGUGAUCGUGAUCAAGCCCGACAGGAUCUAAAAACUACUUCUGCUCGACUACAGGAGGCCUUGGAUGAACUCCAGCGUGGAACAGACGAAAAAGAACUCCUUCAAACUCGCCAUCAUGCGCUGACCGAUGAAUCGGGAGGACUACAAAUCGAACUCGACCGUGCACAAUCCAGAAUCCGCGAACUCCAAAAAGCGGUUCAAGACGCCACAACUCGCGCUCAGGAUGAAGGGCACAACAUUCGCUGGCAGCACAAGGCGGAAAUUGAACGGCUGCAAGAUGAGAUCGAAAACCUUCACCACGAAAUUGAGGAGAAGGAAGGUCGAUUUGCAGUCGAUCAAAGUCGCUGGGAAAGCAGCAAGCGGACUCUGCAAUCAGAGAAAGCAUGGGCAGAAGGCCAAGCGGCAGACUUGAAGCGCACUAUCGACACUCUUCAGGAAGCCGGCAGCACACACUCUGGGAAAGAAUCUCGGCUACAAGAGGCCAUUGACAGCGAGAAAAAGCGCUACACGCAAGAAAAGGCUAUGCUGAAUCGCCAAAUCCACGAUCUUAAAGACGACCUUGAUAAGACAAGACGCGACCUUGAUGAAAAACGAGACGAGCUUCUUACGGUGAAGCAGGAUGCUCGAGUAUCUAAGCGCGAAGAGCAAGCACUUGCAGACAAGGUGCGUGCUUUGGAGGACGAGGUAAUUGUUUUACAAUCCAGUCUGGCGGAUGAGCAAGAACUUGCCAAGGGUCGACAAAAUGGGACAUCUGACCUGGACAAAAACCUGGAAAAGUCCAUCGCCGAGAGACAGAAGCUCCGUGAUCAACUUGCAAAUGCUCAUGUUGAGAUAUUUGACUUGAAGGCUUCGGUGCAGGAGAUUGAGGCUGAACGCAUCGAGCUCCAAGCACAACUCGACCGAGUCCAGAAUGCAGAUGACACCACCCGAUUUGACCGCGACAAACUUGAACUACGCAAAAAUGUCACAAGACUUGAUAACGAACUCAAAGUAUUGCGAGAUGCCAAAGCGUCCCUUGAGGAUCAGCUCAUCUCAGAAAGUGAACGAUUUGCAGCAGAGGAGGGUCGUCUUUCGGCUGAAAUUGAUCGCCUUCAGGACAAAUUGCUUGCUGGCUCAGGUAACCGAGAUCGAGAACUCACUUCAGCCAAGACAAAGGUACAGCGCCUGGAGCGUCGCGCCCAAGAACUGGAAGCUCUUCUUGAGCAGCAGCUGCCCGUGGUUGAGAAUGAACAAUCUGCCACACAUGGGGAGCUCUCUUUACUUCGACACAGCUUAGAGGAGGCUAGGAAACGUGAAAAGAUCCUCAUCCAGCGUGAAUCCAAGCAGAAAUCUUCUGCGCAAAGCUACAAGUCCCGAGUUGACGAACUAGAAAAGGAUCUUCAUGAGGCGAUGAUGAACAAAUUCGAGUUGCACUCCCCACACAAUUCACCAUCAAACAAGCUUCAUGAAGAGCUUCGCAGUCUACGAAAACAAGUAACUGAAGCACAUCGAUCUCUCCAGAAGGUGAACGCGAAGAACCGAGAACUAGAACGUGCCGCGAUGAAAGAAGAGGACCAAAAGGACUUCCAUGAGCUCCUCAGAUCCUCCACUCUCGAGGCCGAAUCAUUAGCCCUGAAAUUAUCCGAACGGGAAGCGCGCCUGAGUGAAUUGAAGACACAUGUGCGCCGGAUUCGCGAAGAACGAGAUGUCCAUAAGCGCGAGGCCGAAGCAGCAACCAAAAAUCUCGACAUGUUGCAAAGACGCCACGACGAAAUUCUCGAGAAAACCUCCCUGUCCAAGUCAACCAACAAGACCAAGCAUGAAAAAGAAAUCCGAGGCCUGGGCAAGGAGAUUAUCUGGCUUCGCGCUCGCCUGCAGCGCGAGGAAAAGUUCCGCCGCGAUCUUGCCUGGAGCAAGGGCUUGAUGGAACUUGGUGAACGCGUUCGAGUUGCAUGCAACGAUGCCGAUCUCCGCAUGAUUUCUGAAAUGGGCGUGCAGGCCCGUGACAGAGCUCCUGUCCGCACUCCACGCCAAAAAUUAAAAUCCGCCAUAUCUCUUGUGAGGGCCGCUGUUCGCAUGAAGAAGAUGAGCAGCGAUUGGAAGCGAACCAAGAAACUGGGCGAGGGCUUGAAGCGUGCUAAGACCGAAAUGCUAAAGCGCCGUGAUAGCUCAAAUAAGAGCUUACUUGGCCAGUAG